GGGUAUGUGGUCUGUAACACCAAGCAGAAAGGGUGGUGGGGAACGGAGGAGAGGAUGAGAAUGAAUCCCUUCUACAUGGGGAAGCCCUUUGAGAUCCGCAUCCUGGUGGAGAGCGCCAGGUUCCAGGUGGUGGUGAAUGGAGUUGCCUUUUUGCAGUACAUACACCGUGUUCCCUUCCACCGCGUGGACAACAUCUCUGUCACCGGCGCCGUGGGGCUGACACACAUCAGCUUCCAGGACACCCGUGCAGACUCUGUCCAGAGGAUGCAGUCCUACCCCAGUCCCUGUGACUCACCUGAGUCCAAAGAGUGGAAACCAAAAGACAUUGGUGAUGUCCCUGUGGUGAAAUGCUUGCCGAAUACCUGUGACCUACCUGGGCCCAAGGAGCAGUAAGCAAAG